GCUGUUGCUCCAUCUUGGUCUGCAUUUUGGUCCAAGUCCCUUUCGGAGAGUGACGGGUUCCCCUCCACACUGAGGACACCCCGUUUCUUGCCAAGACCCCGAGACCCCGCUUCUGCCUGCGUAGCGCGAAGGAAGUGUGUGUUCAGUCCACAACCUUAUCUCAGACUCAUAACCACUCUCUGUUGCUCCAUUGAACCAAAUAUGUAUUAAGCGCCGAAUGUAUGCUGGGCACUAUUCAAGAUGUGGGGCAGAGGACACCCUAUGGGAACCCGAGGGGGAAGUGUUUCAGGCAGAGGGCACGGCCCAUGUGGAGGCCCUGAGGCAGAUCCACGCCAAGUGUGCUGGAGGCCUGGCGAGGAGGCCUGUGUGGCUGGGAUGAAGUGAGAGGAGGAACCUGGGAGAGACAGCGUGGGGAGGAAGCUGGAUGUCACGGAACACGGUGCAGAGUACGAGAGGAAACUGAGGCACAAAGAUGGUGAUCAGCUGGGGCAUCCUGGCACAGCAGGGAUCUGAACUACACCCACCUCAUGGCUGGAACUGGAGGCCAGACGACACGCGGGCAGUCCCUUGGGGGCCCAGGAAGGGAGUCCAGCUGGCCCGUGAGUCACUCAGCCUGGUGUAAGUCAUGGGCAGGGAACAGGGGAAAGGUGCUGGGCCCGGGGCCCACGCUGGGCUGGGUAGGUGGUCACGUGACCACCCAGGCCGCCUGCCCCGGGCCCAUUGGCUGCCUGCCCCUGCCGGCUGGGCCUGCGCCUGCCCCGGACCCUAUAAGGCCAGGGAGCUGAGGGUAGAGCCAGCUGCCAGCCUGGCCGGUCCGUCCUCUGUGGGACCCUGAGGAGUCCAGCUUCUCACGCUCUCACUAUGUCUGCUCCAGAUGAAGGGAGCCGGGAUCCCCCCAAACCCAAGGGCAAGACCCUGGGCAGCUUCUUUGGGUCCCUGCCUGGCUUCAGCUCUGCCCGGAACCUGGUGGCCAACGCGCACAGCUCAGUGAGAGCCCGGUCAGCCGCCGACACCCUGGGAGCUCCUACUGCCGAGGCUGCCCGACCACAGGCUGAGGUAGCUGCCCACCCAGAGCAGACGGCUCAAUGGACAGAGGAGCUGCAGCCUUCGGGAAAGCAGAUGGUGUCCGGGGCCAAAGACCUGGUGUGUUCCAAGAUGUCCAGGGCCAAGGACGCUGUCUCCUCCGGGGUGGCCAGUGUGGUGGGCGCAGCUAAGGGAGUGGUCCAGGGAGGGCUGGAUACCACCCGGUCUGCACUCACGGGCACCAAGGAGGCGGUGUCCAGCGGGGUCACGGGGGCUGUGGAUGGGGCUAAGGGCGCCAUCCAUGGGGGCCUGGACACCUCGAAGGCUGUUCUCACUGGCACCAAGGACACAGUGUCUGCCGGGCUCACGGGGGCAGUGAACAUGGCCAAAGGGACUGUCCAGAUCGGGGUGGACACCUCCAAGACUGUGCUAACGGGUACCAAGGACACCGUCUGCAGUGCGGUGACCGGUGCUGUGAAUGUGGCGAAAGGGACUGUCCAAGGGGGCCUGGACACGACAAAAUCUGCCCUGACUGGCACUAAAGACGCUGUGUCCACCGGAGUCACGGGGGCAGUGAACUUGGCCAAAGGAACCAUCCAGACUGGCGUGGAUACCAGUAAGGCUGUGCUGACCGGCACCAAGGACACCGUCUGUAGUGGGGUGACUGGUGCCAUGAACACUGCCAAAGGGGCCGUCCAGACAGGUGUGGACACCACCAAGACCGUCCUCACUGGUACCAAGGACACCGUCUGCAGUGGGGUGACUGGUGCCGUGAACGUGGCCAAGGGGGCCAUCCAGGGGGGCCUGGACACCACCAAGUCUGUGGUCAUGGGUACGAAAGACACAGUGUCCACCGGGCUUACGGGGGCGGCGAAUGUGGCCAAGGGGGCCGUGCAAACUGGACUCAACACAACCCAAAAUAUCGCAGCAGGUACCAAGGACACUGUCUGUAGCGGGGUAAGAGGUGCCAUGAACUUGGCCAAAGGAACCGUCCAGACAGGCGUGGACACCACCAAGACCGUCCUAACCGGUACCAAGGACACCGUCUGCAGUGGGGUGACCGGUGCCAUGAACGUGGCCAAGGGAGCUGUGCAAACUGGGCUGAAAACGACCCAAAAUACCGUGACAGGCACAAAGAACACCGUUGGCAGUGGAGUGACCGGUGCCGUGAAUGUGGCCAAGGGGGCCGUCCAGACGGGUGUAGACACAGCCAAGACCGUGCUGACCGGCACCAAGGACACAGUGACUACUGGCCUCAUGGGGGCGGUGAAUGUCGCCAAAGGGACUGUCCAGACCGGCGUGGACACCUCCAAGACCGUGCUGACCGGCACCAAAGAUGCUGUGUCCACUGGACUCACAGGGGCCGUGAAUAUGGCCAAAGGAACCAUCCAGACCGGCAUAGACACCACCAAGACUGUCCUAACCGGUACCAAGGACACCGUCUGCAGUGGGGUGACUGGUGCCAUGAAAGUGGCCAAGGGAGCUGUCGAGGGGGGCCUGGACACCACCAAGUCUGUGGUCAUGGGUACAAAAGACACAGUGUCCACUGGGCUCAUGGGGACAGCAAAUGUGGCCAAGGGGGCCGUCCAGACAGGUGUAGACACAGCCAAGACCGUGCUGACCGGCACCAAGGACACAGUGACUACUGGGCUCAUCGGGGCGGUGAAUGUCGCCAAAGGGACUGUGCAGACUGGCAUGGACACCUCCAAGACCGUCCUAACGGGUACCAAGGACACCGUCUGCAGUGGGGUGACAGGUGCCGUGAAUGUGGCCAAGGGGGCCGUCCAUGGGGGCCUGGACACUACAAAGUCUGUCCUGACUGGUACUAAAGACGCUGUGUCCACGGGAGUCACCGGGGCAAUGAACUUGGCCAAAGGGACCAUCCAGACCGGCGUGGACACGAGUAAGGCUGUGCUGACAGGUACCAAAGAGGCUGUUUGCACUGGGGUGACGGGUGUCGUGAAUGUGGCCAAAGGGGCCGUCCAGACGGGUGUGGACACCACCAAGACCGUCCUAACUGGUACCAAGGACACCGUCUGCAGUGGGGUGACCGGUGCCAUGAAUGUGGCCAAAGGGGCUGUGCAAACUGGACUGAAAACGACCCAAAAUAUCGCGACAGGUACAAAGAACACCGUUGGCAGUGGAGUGACCAGUGCUGUGAACAUGGCCAAGGGGGCCAUUCAGGGGGGCCUGGACACCACCAAGUCUGUGGCCAUGGGUACGAAAGACACAGUGUCCACUGGGCUCACGGGAGCAGCAAAUGUGGCCAAGGGGGCCGUCCAGACGGGUGUAGACACAGCCAAGACUCUGCUGACUGGCACCAAGGACACAGUGACUACUGGGCUCAUGGGGGCAGUGAAUGUCGCCAAAGGGACCGCCCAGACCGGCAUGGACACCUCCAAGACUGUGCUGACCGGUACCAAGGACACCGUCUGCAGUGGGGUGACCAGUGCCAUGAACUUGGCCAAAGGAACCAUCCAUACUGGCAUGGACACCACCAAGACCGUCCUCACUGGUACCAAGGACACCGUCUGCAGUGGGGUGACCGGUGCCGUGAACGUGGCCAAGGGGGCCAUCCAGGGGGGCCUGGACACCACCAAGUCUGUGGUCAUGGGUACGAAAGACACAGUGUCCACUGGGCUCACGGGGGCGGCGAACGUGGCCAAGGGGGCCGUGCAAACUGGACUCAACACAACCCAAAAUAUCGCAGCAGGUACCAAGGACACUGUCUGUAGCGGGGUAAGAGAUGCCAUGAACUUGGCCAAAGGAACCGUCCAGACAGGCGUGGACACCACCAAGACCGUCCUAACCGGUACCAAGGACACCGUCUGCAGUGGGGUGACUGGUGCCGUGAACGUGGCCAAGGGAGCUGUGCAAACCGGCCUGAAAACGACCCAAAAUAUUGCGACAGGUACAAAGAACACCGUUGGCAGUGGAGUGACCGGUGCCGUGAAUGUGGCCAAGGGGGCCGUCCAGACGGGUGUAGACACAGCCAAGACCGUGCUGACCGGCACCAAGGACACUGUGACUACUGGCCUCAUGGGGGCGGUGAAUGUCGCCAAAGGGACUGUCCAGACCGGCGUGGACACCUCCAAGACCGUGCUGACCGGCACCAAAGAUGCUGUGUCCACUGGACUCACAGGGGCCGUGAAUAUGGCCAAAGGAACCAUCCAGACCGGCAUGGACACCACCAAGACUGUCCUAACCGGUACCAAGGACACCGUCUGCAGUGGGGUGACUGGUGCCACCAGUGUGGCCAAAGGGGCCAUCCAGGGGGGCCUCGACACAACAAAGUCUGUCCUGAUUGGCACUAAAGACGCUGUGUCCACUGGGCUCACAGGGGCAGUGAACUUGGCCAAAGGGACUGUCCAGACUGGUGUGGACACCUCCAAGACUGUGCUCACGGAUACCAAGGACACCAUCUGCACUGGGGUCACCGGUGCCAUGAGCAUGGCCAAAGGGGCCAUCCAGGGGGGCCUGGACACCACCAAGACGGUGCUGACCGGAACCAAAGACGCAGUGUCUGCUGGGCUCAUGGGGUCGGGGAACGUGGUGACAGGGGCCAUCCACACUGGCCUCAACACCUUCCAGAACUGGCUACCUAGUACCCAGGCCACCUCCUGGGGUGGACUCACCAGUGCCAGGACCACGGACGGGGGUGGGGAGCAGACUGCCCUGAGCCCCAGAGAGGCCCAGUUCUCUGGUGUCUCCAGGCCCCCAGAUGUGCUCACAGUAGGCCCGGAGCCUGCCUGGGAAGCCACAGCCACUGCCAAGGGCCUUGCACCUGAUGUGGCCACAUUCACCCAAGGGGCCACCUCAGGUGAGGAGGACACGGGGCCCUUGGCCACCACACCCGGCCCUGAAGAAGCUCGGCGCUUGGCAAUGUUGCGAGAUGAGUUGGAGGGGCUAGGUGACAUCUUUUACCCCAUGAAUGUGGACGAGCAAGCUCAGCUGGCUGCCUCCCAGCCCGGGCCAAAGGUGCUGUCAGCCGAACAGGGGAGCUACUUCGUUCGCUUGGGUGACCUGGCUCCCAGCUUCCGCCAGCGGGCAUUUGAACACGCAGUGAGCCAUCUGCAGCAUGGCCAGUUCCAAGCCAGGGACGCUCUGGCCCAGCUCCGUGACUGCUUCAAGCUGAUUCAAAAGGCCCAGCCGCCUACGGAAGGGCAGCCGUGUCUGGACCAGGGCUCCGGUGCCAGCGUGGAGGACGCUGCUGUCCAGAAGGAGCAGGAUGCUGGGGCUCUGUCCAGGGUCUGUGGCCUCCUCCGGCAGCUGCACCGGGCUUACAGCGGCCUGGCCUCCAGCCUCCAGGGCCUGCCUGCCGAGCUCCAGCAGCCAGUGGGGCGGGCGCGGCACAGCCUCUGCCAGCUCUACAGCGUGGUGGCCUCGGCAGGCUCUCUAAAGGAGCUGCACGCAGAGCGCCUGGGACAGAGCCUCGAGGACAUGCAGAAGGCGUGGGAGGGGCUGGAGCAGCUACUGGAGAGCGUGCAGCACAAUCCCCGGCUCAGCUGGCUGGUGGGGCCCUUCGCCCUGCCCCCUGGGGGGCAGCAGUUGUAAGACCCUGCAGGACCCAGCUCAGGACCACCCGGCUCUGCCUAGGGAGGAGCCGCCUUAGAACCUUCUCCCCAGCCCCAAACCCCGAUCGGUUCCCUAAAGCCCUAGACCAGGCGUCCCCAAACUUUUUACACAGGGGGCCAGUUCACUAUCCCU